AUGGUUCAUCCAUAUCAGCAACAAAAACAACUUCUUCUGCCUCCUCCAAAUAAUCAGUUGCCUCGGCCUACACAACCGUCAAAAUCAAUGUCAAUGCCAACACAACUAAAUCCCAAUCCCGACAAUAAGGCAACACAACCUGUGUACAAUAAUGAGGUGGCAAGAUAUCCUACUUAUCCAAUCAAUGCAGUGGAACUUAAAGGAGUACAAUUAAGGUCAAGGAAAGCCCUCCAAGGCCCUACCAUCACAGAAGUAAAUGAUGUACCUGAGGAGGAGGCUGAAAAAGAAUCGUCAUUUCCCAACCAAUUUCUUUCAAAACCUGUACAAAAGGAGGUACCACAAACAAAAUUUGAUUUUGCAAAUGAACUUUGUAAUGUUAACAUCAAGAUUCCUUUGUUGCAGGCCAUAAAGGAUAUUCCAGUGUACAACAAGACCGUCCGUGAGUUAUGCACAAGGAAGCAGAAGAAGAAGGAAGACCCAAAGACAGUCCAGGUUAUCGGGCAACUAGUUGACCUUAUGCUUGGGAACUUGACCAUUCCAAAAUAUUUAGACCCAGGGAGUCAUGUCAUCAAGCGAUGUGUACCCGAGGAUGAUAUAUUUGAUAUACUUCAUGCAUGUCACAUAGAACCAUGCAGAGGACACUUUGCUACUCAGCCGACUACACAAAAUAUUCUCACUGUCGGAUACUAUUGGCCUACAAUUCACAAGGAUUGUAAGCGCUAUGUUUACCAUUGUGAUAAGUGUCAACGUAUGGGUCGCCUCACAUGCUCUGAUGAAAUGCCAUUGCACCCACAGUUAUCCAUAGAAGCCUUUGAAAAGUGGGGUCUUGACUUUGUGGGCCCAAUCAAUCCACCAUCUAGGAGAAAGCAAUACAUCGUCGUUUGUACAUACUAUGUCACCAAGUGGGUUGAGGUUGUCACCCUAAAACGCGCAAGGGAUACCAAGGUGGUUGAUUUCCUCUACUCAGAGAUCUUCACUAGGUUUGGUGUACCACGAGAGAUAACUACAGACCAAGGGCCACAAUUCACAUUCGAGCUUAUUGCUGCCCUGGUUAAGGAAUAUGAGAUUCGUCACUGGAAUUCUACUCCUUAUCAUCCUUAG